ACAGCUAGGUGGUCUCGGAACAACUUGAGUUACUUCAUUCAGAAUUACCCGAGCAACUCAAACGACAUGCAGGACUCCAAGCUGGUCAGUGAAACAAUUGAAACUGCAUUUAGGGACUGGAGCUCAGUGGCCAACGUAAUCCUUCGGAGAACUUACAGCAACAAGAGUGCAGAUAUCCGUGUAAAGUUUGCGAGGUCGGAUCAUUCUGAUGGCUACCCAUUUGACGGCAAGGGUGUGGUCCUGGCCCAUGCCUUCUUCCCGGAAGAUGGCAGGCUCCAUUUUGAUGAUGACGAGAAGUGGUCGUACGAUGGUGUUGGAGGGCCGAACCUCCGUCAAGUAGCCACACACGAGAUUGGCCACAUACUCGGACUGGCACACAGUAACGUUAAAGGAUCGAUCAUGUUUCCUUACUAUUCCUACCUGCCCAAGUUCAAAUUAAGCGCUGAUGAUAUCAAAAGAGCUAUAUAUCUAUAUGGUUUGUUAAAUGCUCUUUGA